AUGGAGGUCGACAAAGAACAGGCGAAGGAAACACUGCGUCUCUGGAAGGAGAUGUCGGAGGUUUUCGUCCAGAUUAGAUACAUGAAGUUUACUGUCCUGGAAGAUUAUCUCAAGUUCCGUGUUUUCGACGCCGGAUGCCCCUGGACCAUAUGUCUCCUCUGUUUUUCUAUGGACUUCAAACUCUCACCUGAAGAAGACAAGAGGACAGCCAACAUCACCUCAGCCGCCUAUUACAGCUGGGUCCUUGUCAAUGACUACUUCUCCUGGGAGAAGGAGUGGAGCAACUACCAGUCUAACGGAGCCACUGGCGAAGAGGGAAAGAAGAUGCUCCGCAAGGAGAUUAUGUCACGCGAGGACAAGCACUGCAGCUUGAAGGACGAGUUCCUUGCCAAAGGUGCUGCUACCGAGAAGACACGACAGUGGCUGGAACUACUCGACCUCGUGACGGCGGGCAACUUUGCUUGGAGCAUGCGACAGCACGAUAUCGAGCUGGCACCCCGGAUGUGUAUCCGGCUUUGUGGAAACAUUGUGCUGCUGGCCGCUGCCGGCGAAUACUGGGCCGCGCAAGAUGAGGGCCCUGAUCCCCAAACUGAGACCUCUCCCACUCCACAUGAUCACGAUGACCCAUAG